CUCGUAAUACGUACUUGUUAGUAACUGUUCGACACGUUCGAAUAAUGUUCGCCUAAAUUGUUUGAAGCAUUAAUUACUCGUUAUUCACCAUGCAGGAUUUAUUUUUAUUUCUUGUCGUGGUCGUGCUGGUGACGACGACCGUUUUAACCAAUGAAGGCAUACCGCUCGACGCAUGCAGAAGAAAAAAUAAUAGCACCUACACUCAUCAUCUUCCGCACGAAUGGGACUGUCACAAAUUUUACAAGUGUCUCGGUGGAAGAGGAUUCGUGAAAGAAUGUCCAAAUACACCAAAAGGUCAUUUGGUCUUCAAUCCGGAAGAACAAGUUUGCGAUUGGGAAGAUAACGUACCGCAUGUCAUUUGUUCUGGUGAAACACGACCACCACAACCAACACCACCAACACAACCACCUGUAUAUCCACCAACACAACCACCUGUAUAUCCACCAACACAACCACCUGUAUAUCCACCAACACAACCACCUGUAUAUCCACCAGGACCAUCACCAGGCUGCCCAGCCCAAGGUAUAAGGAAACUGCGUCACGAAACCGAUUGCAACCACUAUUACAUGUGCUACUAUGGAGAAAAAGAACUCUGUAGAUGUUAUGAUAGGCACAAGUUCAAUGAUGUACUUGGUGCCUGCGAUCAAGAAGAGAAUGUACCGUGGUGUUAUACGACCAGAGAAGUGCAAGAAGGUGAGAGACCUAAAUAUCCUCGUUUGUGCCCCCCUCAAAACAUAUUUGAUUACGAAACAAGUACUAGUACUGAAGUAACUAGUAUUGAAGUAACUAGUACUCAAGUAACUAAUACUGAAGUAACUAGUACUGAACAAGAUGUUAGUUCAUAAAAUCAUUUCAUGUUCUUAACGAAAAUAUUUGUAAUGAAUAAAAACAUAUCGUGUCUUUCGUCAAAUCAUUUUCAUAGUAAAUAUACGUGGUAUGUUCAAAGAAGAAAUCUAACUUCUAUAUAAGAAGAUUAAUUUAAGUGUAUCUCACGAACUGUUAUAUGUAUAUAUAUACGAUCGAUCUAUAUAAUAAAUAAAUGUAUGUGUAUGUGU